AUGGCGACUCUCUCGAACUUUCUCGAUCUCUCCCAGCAGUCUCUUCAAUGGUCUGCACUCGCCAUCGCUUUUAACCCGAUUUUCUGGAAUAUUGUAGCCCGUGCCGAAUACCGUGGCCACUAUCUGACCCGUAUCUUCGGCGGCCCAUACUACGGAUGCUACUUCCUUGCCUUUGUGAUUUUCUCUCUGGGCAUCCUCCGUGACCAUGUGUACCAGUUGGCGUUGGCAGACCAGCCGUACUAUGCUCCCAUCCACCAGCCUCUCCUGGGAGGCUUUUUGUUCGCUGUUGGCUCUGUUCUCGUGCUCUCCAGCAUGUGGGCUCUUGGUCUGACCGGUACCUACCUGGGUGACUACUUUGGUAUCUUGAUGGACUCUCCUGUCACCGGCUUCCCCUUCAAUGUCACCGGGUCUCCGAUGUAUUGGGGAAGUACAUUAAACUUUCUGGGUGUUGCUCUCUACAAGGGCAAGGUUGCGGGAGUGAUCUUGACUGCCGAGGUCUUUAUCCUUUACUUUUUCGCCCUCCGAUGGGAAGACCCGUUUACUGCAGAAAUCUAUGCAAAGCGUGAGCGGGAGCGCGCCAAGUCCAAGGGCGGCAAGAGCUCUUAA